AAACAACGUGCUAAACAAAAACAAACAUUGGCCGAUAAAUACCAGCUUAUUCCUCAUUAUUUUGCGAUUUGUAGGACUAAUUGAGAAUAAGGUGUAAAAUGAAUUUAGGUGAUGAAUUUCCCAAUUUCACAGCCAAUACAACUAUAGGAGAAAUCAAAUUUCAUGAUUGGCUUGGAGAUUCAUGGGGUGUAUUUUUCUCUCAUCCAGCUGAUUUCACGCCAGUAUGCACUACUGAAUUAGCCAGAGUUGUGAAAUUAUACCCCGAAUUUGUUAAAAGAAACGUGAAACCUAUUGCACUGUCGUGCGACACAGUCGAUUCCCAUAAUAAGUGGAUCGAGGAUUUGAAAGUUUUCGCUGAGUAUUCAGGAGACGGCUUUCCAUAUCCUAUAAUAAGCGAUGAAGGGAGAGAUUUAGCUUGUCAGCUGAAUAUGUUGGAUCCUGAUGAGAAAGAUAAAGAUGGAAUCCCACUAACAGCAAGGGCUGUGUUCAUAAUUGAUAGUAAAAAGAAAAUGAGGCUUUCACUACUGUAUCCUGCUACUGUUGGAAGGAAUUUCGAUGAAAUAUUGCGAGUUCUAGAUGCAUUGAUGUUGACAGAUAAGCAUAAGGUGGCAACACCUGUAGACUGGAAGCCUGGACAAGCAGUUAUGAUUCAACCAACUGUAAGUGACGAUGAAGCAAAGAAAUUGUUCCCUAUUAUGACUGUGGUUGCAUUACCUUCAGGAAAUAAAUACAUUAGGCAAACCAAUGUAUAACUUCAGAAUGAAUUUGGCCCAUUUGUUAAAAUCAGUGCUGUGAUGUAUUUUUCUACAAAAAAAUACCUAAAGUGAUGUCAUUAAGUUACAUAGGAUUAGGUCCUAGUUUCAUUUAUCAGUUUAACUCGAAUUAAAAUAUUUGGCCAUCCAUGUAUUCUGUUCAAUAUUUGUUAUUCAAUAAAAAAUACAAAGAAU